AUACCAUCAUAUCAUGUCAUAUUUACAGUGUUUUUAAAUAAAUAAUAAAUGUAUAUACUACGGAUAGUUGUCCACAGUUACCCAUCUGCUGCUGUCAGUAAUGUAUUACAUAACCUUACGUGCUCUUCCUAUAUGAGCACGUAGCGCCACCGUGAGGCCAAGACACAGUAACGUAUCAGGAGCAGCAGGGCUGGGCGGCAGCGGGCUUGCAGAAGCAGAAGCAGCUGAAGCAUCGCUGUUCAUAAAGCCUCUACAUAUCGGAUGCUGAUUAGCAAUAGAGCACCUGAGCGUGAGUCAGCAAGGCCUGAUACUCCUGCAGAGGGAGGACGGGCUCCUUGUUUCAGUGAAAAGAGCUGUUGUGCUGUUCCAUGUGCAUCAUGGGAAUUCUGACAACUGCAUGGAGAUCAUAUGAGAGCAUCAUGGGGACCAGAGAUUGGUGUGGCACUGGAUUUGGUGACGGGGCAGGCGACUCUGCAGAGUAUAACUCAGUUUGAGAGUUUAAAGAAGGAUGACUGGAAUUCUCAGAGUGUAUUAAGGGUCAAAGGUGAGCUAUUGAGAUGAGUCUGACUUCCUGGUUCCUGGUGAGCGGAGGGGGGACGCGUCAUCGUCUCCCCAGGGAGAUGAUCUUUGUGGGAAGGGACGACUGUGAGCUUAUGCUGCAGUCCCGCAGUGUGGACAAACAGCACGCUGUCAUCAACUAUGAGCCGAAUACAGACGAACAUAAAGUGAAGGACCUGGGCAGUUUAAAUGGGACAUUUGUCAAUGAUGUCAGAAUACAGGAGCAAAUGUAUGUCACGCUGAAAAUUGAUGACAAACUGAGGUUUGGAUACGAUACCAACCUGUUCACUGUGGUGCGAGGAGAGCUACAUAUUCCAGAGGAAGCCCUCAAGCAUGAGAAGUUCAGCAGCCAGCUUCAGCUGAACCAGAAGAGGCCUACAGAGGGGGAGUCAUCUAAACCCUCUGAGGCAGCAGCAGCACCAGUGUGCGAGGGAGCCACGGCCAAGCCCUCCGAGGCCAGCAGGGUGGAGGAAAAGACGCCAGGGGAUAUAGCACUGUUGCAUAGGGGUACACCCCUCUAUGGCCAGCCUGCUUGGUGGGGAGAUGGAGACACUGAUCACCAGCACUCUGGGAGGCCCGAAGAAAAGAACGCAGACCGGAAGAGAGAAAAAGCUGAAACAGACACCAAGAAAAACACAGAGAUCCAAAAGUCUGCCCUGCAAACACCCUCCAAUCAAGAGCCGAGCUACUUUGAGAUCCCAACCAAGGAUACUCCCUCAGCAGGUAAAGUGAGUGGUGAGGCCCCCUCUCGAGAACAAGAGGCUGGUGCUUCUGCUGCAGAGCCCGUCCAUGGCCAUGCUUCUUUCACUAUUGAGUUUGACCCUGGGGCAGGUAAAGUGACGGUCAAAGAUCGAGUGGCUAAGGUGGGCCCAGAGACCAGGCCACGUCCUAAAAGGGGUGUGGGGGAGGAGCUGAGUCCACUUCAGACAGCCAUGGUAGCGGCGGAGGUAAAAGUUGCAGAUUGGUUGGCCCAGAAUGAGCUGCCACUGGCUCUCAAAGAGACGGUUGCAGAGGAUGAUGGAGAAAGUGUGAAGAGCGAUGUACCUGUGCAACUGAGGAGUCUUAAAGACAGUAAACAUGAGGAUGGCACACAGAGUGACUCAGAGAACGCACUUGGGGAGCAGCGCAGGGCUGCAGCUCUUGAGGAGCGCUCAUGGGGACUUUGGGGCGGUACAGGGAUGAAGAUCAGAGAGGGCCGUGCUAACGUACCAGAGGGGCUCUUUGCAGAGGAAGACAGUCCUGCACGCCGUCGCAAGUCUUCGACUUCCAAAGUGGCAAGUGGAUUUGUGGAGAGGCGACGUGGUUCGGCACCACAUCAGCAGAGUGGUCGUGAUGAAUGCUAUCACCAUGGAGAUGACUAUAGUGACAGAGGGACCUACACCAUUGAGCUGGAGAAUGGAGAUCAUGAAGAAGAAGAGGCCAGGAAAAUGAUUGACAAGGUGUUUGGUGUGGAUGAGCAGGAGGCUGUGUGUGUGUCCAGGCUGGGGAGUACUGACCAAAGAGAGAGGCUCCCCACCCAGAGGUCUGGUACCAGAGACAGAGGAAAGCCAGGGCGCAUGGAGACAGAGGUCCUGUCUGAGGAAUUGGUGGUGGGUGGUCCUCGCUGGGUCUCGCAGUGGGCUACUCUAGCUGCCAGCCACAUUAGGACAGACCCUGAGGGAUCAGGUGGCGAGAGUCAUGUCAUGGUCACAGAGGACAGAGCUGAAAUAAGUGAGUCUAGCCACUCCUUUGCCUCAUCUGGCUACACAGAGCGUAAGAGGAGAACUCUUCCCCAGCUGCCUGGUGAGGAGGUUGCCCUAGGGAGGAGGACCCCAGGUUCAGGCCUGCGUUCAGAUAUGGAGAAACAGGACACAGAGCUACAAGAGAAGGAGAACCAGGGGGAGAAGAUGACCAGGGGGAAGAAUCGGCCUGGUCACAGCACAGGGGGUGUGGGCAGCCCUAGUCGCUCCUCCCCAGCCAAGUCGCAGGAUAGUGGUGGUGGGAAAACAGGCCAGCCAGGUGUAUUGGCCAAGCUCCCUCCUCGUCCAAUGACCAGCGGGGAGAAGAGAAUGGAGGAGGCACGGAGGAGGAAAAAGGAAGAGGAGAAGGCCAGGGAAAGUUGUGGAAAACCAUUGUUGAGGCAGGAGAGUUUUACUGUGGAGAAACCAAGCUCCAACGUGCCCAUUGAGCUCAUACCACGUAUUGAUGGGCUCACAGGUAGCAGAACUCAGAGUAAGGAGGCUGGCAUCGACAGUGCGACACUGCAGAAAGACUCCGAGGCUGUUGCCGCCUUUUUAGAGACCACUGUAUCAGACCAAGGUGAUCCGAUAAGUCAGUCCAUUGAAGGCUCCAUGUCACCAGAGUCAGACGUGGACACAACCAGCACAGUAAGCCAGGCUGACGGAGCAAGGAAAGUUGUCCACAAACGCCGGACUCUUGCAGGACAGCAGAAGGAGAAAACCGUAGUGUGCUCAUCCAGCAAAAGCUCCACUGUUGGCCGAGAGACCCAAGACAGGAGGGUCAAGACUAGAACAUCUGCUCCUCAGCAGCCCAGCCGUCCCUGGACAUCUCUGGACCUCACUGAUGAUGACAUCAACUCCAACUCACUCUUCUCUGACUCCCAGCCCACCUCCACACAGGAAUCCAGAGGCUCUCAUGCCAGAUCCCAGACAGGGAGCACAACAGUGGGGGCCAGCACCAAAUCUAGUAGGGCUAAGAUCACCCAGGCACCUGCCUCCUCUGCAGCCAGUAAAGCCACCAGUGUCCCCAAGCCCAGGCCCACCAGGGCAUCCCUGCUGAGGAGAGCCCGGCUGGGGGACUCAUCUGACACUGAACCUGCUGAUCUUGACCGGAUGUCAGUGGCCUCUGAGGCCUCCACCGCUAGUUCUACAUCCAGGACAGGAAUGGCAAGAAGGGGAAUGUCCAGAAUAGAGGCUCUGGCGCAGCCAAGGAGGCCAAGAGUAGGCUCCCCAUCUGCCCAGAGUGACUCAGAGGCCACUGUGACAAGGAGUAGAGGUCUGGGGGCCCGGAGUGCUGCAGGUGAUUAUGCCAUCAGACAAGGUCUAAGAGGGUCCAAUAUGACCUCUAUGUCUGGACCCAGAGCCAGGGCUAACAGUGCCUCCAAGCUGCCUGACAAAAAUAAAGGCACCUCCUCAUAUGGAAAUGUCACACCUGCAUCUGGCACACGGUGGCGCCGUGUACCCAUGGAAUAUGCCUCCACCUCAGAGGACGAGUAUGGCUCAAACCGCCACACAUCCAAACAGGGCCACACACGGCCAUUCCCCUCUACUCGAGUAGCCCAGCUCGGAGGUUCAGCCCCAGCUACUCCUAGUCCUACAGGACUGGCUGCCUUGAAGCAGAAUUCCAGGGAACAGGACGAAUAUAUGAGAGACUGGACAGCACACAGUGAGGAAAUAGCCAGAAUUAGCCAAGACCUAGCCAAAGACCUAGCCAUGCUUGCCCGAGAGAUUCAUGAUGUAGCUGGAGAGAUCGACUCAGUCAGUCCUGCAGCCACUGACCCUGGAGCUCUGUUGGAGGAGCGUGUCUUUGAUGACAACUUGGACCUGGGUGGUCCCACCACAGAUCAAAGCAGCAGUCUGGCAACCAAUGGGCGGACUGUUGAGCUCCGACCCAGGGUCUCUAGUGGACACGGGUCCCGCUCCAUCCGCCGACAGACAUGGAACAGAGAUGAUGCGGUGCUAGAUAGUUUACUACUAGCAUCUGUGAAUCAACUGUCAACUAGGAUACGUCAGACUGUCGACAAAACAACCUGCAAAAUCAGGAUCCUUUUCAAGGAUAAAGAACGGAAAUGGGAAGAGAUUGAGAACAAACUGCAGGCAGAGCAUGACUCCUUACUACUCAAGAGCUCCAACAAGGAGAUUUCAACUAUUAUUCAAGACCUGAAGAGAGUGGAAAGACAACUGCUUGCUAUUGAUAUGAUGGUGGAUCCAGAUGGCACCCUGGAUGCCCUGUCCAGCUUGGGCCUGACCAGCCCUCUGACCGACCAGAAGAUCAGUCCUGGGACCCAGCAGGGGGCGUCAGUGCUGCAUCCUGGAGCAGAAGCUUCCUCCAGCACACUCUCAGCCUCCAAGCAAGAAGGAACCACUGCUGAACCGCAGGGACAGUCAGACCAUGCGCAGGUGGCAGAGCGAGACCCAGGGCCAAAACCUACUUCGAGAUCUUAUAACUGAGGACUAGUUUAAAAUGCAUCCUUUAUGUGGGACUUAUCCUGAAGCCCUCAGAAGAAAACCUCAGUGCGAAGUUAAAAGAUUUUGAAGUAUUUGGUUUCAGAUGAGGUGAAAGAAGGAGAGCGAUGCCUGUUCCAUUUGAAUGCCUGACUUCCUGAUCUAUCAAUCAAACUGAUUCAUGAUGGGACUUUGUAAAAGUCCAACACUUUUAAAAUAACAGUUUUUGGGAUGUCAAAUAUACAGUAUGAAAACAUUAAAGUAUUAUUUGGUUGGCUGAUGAAGAAGCUAUGACUAAUAUACAGUAACUCAUCUGUGUUUUUGUGUUGCAGCGCAUUCUUAUUAUCCAUUAUCCUUAAAGACGUGAAAAAAGAACAGAUGUUAAAGAUCACAGGACAGAAUGAGGUAAUUUUUCCUAAUUCCUGUUUGGAUUCUUUUACUAGAUUUUGUUCUAAAUCAGAGCAUCUCUAACUUUUACAAAAAAAAAAGUGAAACUAAUUCUUUCCUUUAUAUUAUGAGCCUUGAAAUCCUUGUAUCCGAAUCAUAAGCUUGUCAGUCAGCUGACUUGAUGCCAGUGCAGAGACCCAAAGUAGGAAGGUGCAAUGGUGUCAAAAAACCCUUCAGCAGAGGUGUGUGUGAAAAGUGUUCUUCUAUCCUGCCAUAGACUAACUUAUAAAAAAUAAAUAUAUUGUCAACCUGUUGCAAUUGCAAUUCCCAAGCCUGUCUCAGUAAUGAGUUUCCAUCAGAAAAGGCUGUGUUGCUUACUAGCUGGGGAAAGAACUGGUUAUGUACAAUAUGUACCUGUGUAUGUUAAUAAUGUUUAUCAUAGUUAAAUCAAAAACUCCAAUCCAUGCCUUUUUUUUCUUGUGGCGAUGUAAUUUGAAACCAGUGUAUCAAAGAUAGACAAUGUGUGUUAAUAGAUACUAUAAAAUCCAAAUGUAGCUCCCAGAAAGGUUUUCCUCUUCCAAAUGUAUUUUGUCACAAGUGCCCUGGAUUAAACAAUCAUUACCAUCGGAAAGCAGAGAUGUUACAGUUUAUAGUAGAGGGGGAAGUAAAAAUGUUUCUUUGCACAUUUCAAAGCUAAUAUAUGUUAAUAUUCAUCUCUGAGGGACCAGGACAUCAUGUGCCCCUAUGACGCUCCUUUAUCAUGUCGAUGUCCGUGACCAAAAACAAAGCAGGGUUGACAGCCAGCUGCCUGUAGAGGAGUGUUUUGUCAAAUUAUUUUCUGAUCACAAACAAAGUGUUGUGUUUGAACCAGCAUAGACAGGGGCUACCUCCGAGUCCUGCAGCUGCAAUUUAUCGAUAACGAUGCAAUGGAAGGAUGGACAGUGUAAUGACUGUAGGUUUUCCAAUGUCUUGCCUCAUAUCAAUGUUUACACAUGAAUGUAACCUGAUCAGAACUGUUGAAAAAGAUUUUAGCCAAAACAACUUUAAUAAAGAUGAAUAAUUGCAUUUUGUGCUCAGCACCUACUGUGCUUUGUCCUUAAUUCUGUUUGAGCAUUUUGGGGAAUUUUUGUUUGGAUGUUUUGUAUGAAGUUCUUUUUUUCUUUGUAAUGAUGUUAGGUUCCAUGUUGACCUUGCAAUACCUGUGUAUUGUUUGUCUCAUUUCCAAUAAAAUGCAUGAUAAUCAUGA